AUGAUGACAACGAUUAAGGAUGGCCAAGAUGAAGCUGAUGAUGAUGGCGAUGAUGGCCGUAGUGGCGGUGCUGAUACUGCUGAUGGUGUUAAUGUUGUUUAUUGCUUCAACAGAUGCUUCGUGUAUUUAGUGGAUAAAAAUACGGGAGAAAGGCCGGGGAGACGAGGGAAGGAGGAGGAGGAGGAGGGAGGGAGGGAGGGAGGUGAGGGGAGGGGAGGGAGGGGAAGGGGCAGGAAAAAAGUAUCAAAUUUGCCACAAUUGUUAUUUUGA